UAGUUUUAAUAAGGUUGUAUCUUUUUGUUGCAGUUUUUUACAAUUUGGUGCAAAUGAGUAAUUAAUUAGCCUACUUUGUAAAGCUAUUCUUGUAGCUGCUACAGUACUGCAGCGCAGUUUAUCACACAUGUGUUUUGAUAUGUAAAAAGUAAUUACUAACAGGGGGUGUUAAAUAUAGUGGAGUAAAAAAUACAAGGUUUGCCUUUGAGAAAAACUCAAACUAAAGAAAUUAUUCCUCCUGUGAUACCUUUUAUACUACGAGAGUUAAUAAUAAAUAUCGUUUUCAUCUGAUACAUAACUACAUUUUUUAAAAUUUAAAUGAUACUGUUUCCGGGCGUACUUUUUACAAGGUUGCGAAAUAUUGUAGUUAAAUUGAUAAUGACUUCAGUUAUGUGGGACGCAUCGUGCUUUUUAAAAUAAAAAUACGGAGUUUAUUUCGAUGUCAGGAGGACCGGAAGUAGUGUGUGUUGGCACGGUUAGCUUGAUGCUGCGUUCAGGUAGCGAAAGGAAGCGACUCCCGCUGAGUUUUCUGGAGUCAUAUGUUAAACUUGUUGGAGCUGUCUCUUCGGAUGUAACUGUGGGUUCAAACUUCACUAACUGUGUUUCAUCUGUGUCUGCUGGGAAGCGCCACCAGGAAUAUAACGUUCACUGCUUCAAAGCUGCAGAUGCAGGAAGUCAGCGGAGCCUGCAGCCUGGAUGAUGACAUGGUGGAAGGAGACCUGGGGGAUGGGACAGGGGUCGGAUCAGCACCCAGUGGGUCCAUAAGGAAGAACAGCCAGAGCCUUACAGCAGAAAGCCUGUUGUCCAGAGUAGAGCCGCUGAGGAGCAGCAGCCUGGGAGGUGGGGCAGCCUGGAUCCCUGGCCUGAAGACAGCAGGGCCUCAGCAGAGGGCCAGCUGGAAGCCGCCCUGCUCCGGCUCCCUGGAUUACCUUUCGAAAGACGAGCUGAAGGACAGACUGCAGGAAGCAACUGAGGUGAUUGAUGGUCUGUGCUGUGAGCUGGAGGUGGCACAUCGCUACCUGGAAGGCAAAUAUGAAGCUCUGAAGAUCUUGCAGGGGAAGACCAUUCUGGACAAAGCCACGAGUCAUACUAAGAAUCUGCUGCAGAAGAGCGAGGUGACGGCCAAGGCUCUGGAGAAGGAGGUGAACAGCUUGCAGUGGGAACUAAGCUUCAGUCAGGUCCAGAUGAAGAAGUCUCAGCAGUCCUGGGAGCAGAAAUACAGCAGAAUACUGAGUGAGAACAAGGCUCUGAAUGACAGCCUGGAGGAAAGAGAGAGUGAGAUGCAGCAGCUUCGGGCAGAACAUUCUGCUUGUAGUCGGCAGUGCUUGGAGCUUCUCUCCAUGCUGAGUGUGAAGGAGCAGAGAGCUUACCAAGGAACCAAACCUCAGUACAGCCUCGAGAGGGACGCAGGUGAUCUGGAGCUGGCGGUGCUGGGGGCCUGCCAGUGUCUGGGGGCAGCCCCGUGUCCGUGCAGUCGCACUGCUGCAGCCAGCAGGAAGCAGUUGCUGCAGCUACAACAGGAGCUGGAUGCUCAGCGCUUGAGGAGGGAGGAGGCGUUGAUGGUUGCAGAUGCUUUUCGCAUCGCCUUUGAGCAGCAGCUGAGGAAACGCAGUGAGCACUUCCUGCUGCGGGCUGAAGCCAACGCACAGCACUGCAAGGCUGAAGGAGCUAACAGGAGUCCCUUAAUGAGUGUGAGCCAGAGGCUGAGAGGACUGCUGCCCUCCAAGAUGCCCGAGGACCUUUUAGAGACCCUGUACAGACUGCUAGACCUGCUGAAUGACAAGGAGGAGGCUCUUGCCCACCAGAGGAAGGUGAGCCUCAUGUUGGCCCACAAUGCAGAGGAGCUGCAGAGACAGCUGCUGCUGCACUCACACUGCCGCCAACCAGAACCAGCAGAGAACCAGAACCAGACUCAGAAAACAACAGGAAACCAGAAUCAGUCUCAGUCUCAGCAAACAUUAGAGAAACACAGCCAGUCUCAGCAAACAUCAAAGAACCAAAACCACUCCCAACAAACAUUGGAACACUCAGAGAACCAGCCUCAGCAAAUCUCAGAACCAUCAGAGAACCAAAACCAGCCUCAGCCAACCUCAGAACUGUCAGAGAACCAGAAUCAGAAAACAAUAGGAAACCAGAGCCAGACUCAGCAGAUAUCAGACCCAUUAGAGAAUCAGAACCAGUCUCAGCAAACCUCAGGACUGUCAGAGUCUGAGAGGAAAGCAGAGCAACAAGCAGAGCUGUCACAUCCACUGCCUCAGGCAGAACCAGCACCAGGUCUGUCCGAGUCCAGGACUGAAUCCCUGGAACUGUCAGAACCACCACAGUCCCACAUCCAGCCUCUGUCCAACGCCAAGAGCCACGAGCCUGAACCCAAACCAUCGGACCUAGCAGACACCGGGAGUGGUUCUGAAAGAACGUAGACUUGGAUGUAACGUCUCUGAUGUCACACGAGAGAUGCUUCUGAAGCAAUGGUGUGAAGGGUCUGAGCACCCACUGCCCAAAUCAACGGGAUGGGGGGGUAAAUUGUAAGAGAUUACGUAAUCAGGAUACAAAAAAAAGGUAACUGUGUUGGAUUACAAUUACAUUUAAAAAAUAAUAAUAAUGAGUUUACUGAUUCUUUCAAAACGGGGAUACCAUCAGGAUAACAAUGUUAAAAACAUUUGAAAUUAAAGAUUGAUAUAAAAUCUUAAGCUCAAGGAACACGUGCUGUAUGAAUUGUCUUUUUGGCUAAUUUCAUUUUUUAAAAAUUCUUAUUCUUUAGUUUUUUGAUGCUGUAGAUGGACACCUGAUUUAUUAAACAAAAAUACUGUGUUUACUUUAAUUAAGGUUUUAAACUAAAACAGCAUUUGUACACUAUAGUGUUCUGAAGGCCUUGCUCUAAGAUGACCCAUUGUCCUGUUUUACAGAAUACACUUCAGUAGAAAACGUCUUAUUUAUUUUCUCUUGUAUUGAUUUGAUCUGCAUUGCAUUUGAUUUUGAGGUAAGCCAAAAGUAAUGGAAAGUAAUCAGAUUACAUUACUUUUACAGUGUGAUACUUAGAUAACGUUACUGAUUACAUGUUAACAUCAGGCAACUAGUAACCGAUUACAUUUUUAAAGUAACCCUCCCAACCCUGAUUGUAAAUGACAUGUUUCAAUUUAUUUGUAACAUGUCAUUUUAGCUGUUCAGAACUGUUUAAUGUUAAUGAUUUUAAAAUGAAGCAAGGAUAAAAUCAGCUUUGAAAA